AUGCUUUUGUUUUUGGUGGCAACGACGACAUCAUCCAAUUUGAGCAGCAAUGGCAACCUUACACAAGAGGGGGUCCUGUCCACCGGACACCACGUCCUCCCCACCGUGCUGGUCCUGUCCUUGCUCCUGCUCAUCGUUGCGCUGCUGGCCUGGUACUUCCUCAGGUUAAAAAACCAGAGGAAAGCGGUGGUCACCACAGUGGACAAGAAGAUCCCAAAUGGAAUCCUGGAUGAACAAGACGCGACAGUGGUCCUCCUGCCCAGAUCCGCUUCAGCCGUUAAAAACUACCCGCCGCUUGCCGUGGAGCACCUGGAGGACGAGUACAGGCUUCGCUCGGCGGAUGACGGAAAACUUUUCCGCGAAGAGUACAAUUCGCUGCCAGGAGGGAACGCCCAGGGGACGUACGAGGAGGCCAACAAGGACAACAACAAAGACAAAAACAGAUAUCCCAACAUUCUUCCUUAUGACCAUUCAAGGGUGGUGCUGACUCAACUGGAAGGAAGUCCCGCCUCCGAUUAUGUCAACGCCUCAUACAUUGAUGGUUUCACUGUUAAGAAUAAAUUCAUAGCAGCACAAGGUCCAAAAGAGGACACAGUAGCCGAUUUUUGGAGAAUGAUUUGGGAGCAAAAAGUGUCGACGGUCGUCAUGCUGACCAACCUGAAGGAGCGGAAGGAAGACAAGUGUUACCAGUACUGGCCGGAUCAAGGCUGCUGGACAUAUGGGAAUGUGCGUGUGGCAGUGGAGGACUUCACCGUUUUAGUGGAUUACACCAUUCGCAAGUUCUGCAUACAAUACGUACGCUCGCGUACGACGCGACCAGUCACGCAGCUCCACUUUACAAGUUGGCCUGACUUCGGUGUCCCCUUCUCGCCCAUCGGGAUGCUCAAGUUCCUGAAGAAGGUCAAAGCGGUCAAUCCACAGUUCGCGGGGCCAAUCGUUGUCCACUGCAGUGCCGGCGUGGGGCGGACAGGCACAUUCAUCGUGAUCGACGGCAUGAUCGACAUGAUGCACGCUGAGCAGAAAGUGGACGUGUUCGGCUUCGUCUCCAAAAUCCGAGAGCAGCGCUCGCAGCUCAUCCAGACUGACAUGCAGUACUCGUUCAUCUACCAGGCACUGCUGGAGUACUACCUGUACGGCGACACGGAGCUGGACGUGUCCUCUCUGGAGGGACAUCUGCACAAGCUUCACAACACCUUCAACCAAGGGGACCGGGUCGGUCUGGAGGAGGAGUUCAAGAAACUGACCAACAUGCGUAUCAUGAAGGAGAAUAUGAGAACGGGGAAUCUGCCUGCCAACAUGAAGAAGAACCGAGUGCUGCAGAUCAUUCCGUACGACUUCAACAGAGUCAUUCUCUCCAUGAGGAGAGGGCAGGAGUUUACCGAUUAUGUCAACGCGUCCUUUAUAGACGGUUACCGACAGAAGGACUAUUUCAUCGCCACGCAAGGCCCACUUCAGCACACGGUAGAGGACUUCUGGAGGAUGGUGUGGGAGUGGAAGUGUCAUUCCAUUGUCAUGCUCACUGAGCUCCAGGAGAGGGAGCAGGAUAAAUGUUAUCAGUAUUGGCCCGCAGAGGAUUCGCAAACGUACGGAGAUUACAGCGUGGAGAUGAAGGGCGACUCAUCAUGUGACACUUUUAGCCUACGAGAUUUGGUACUCACCUUCGUGCCGGACAAGCAGACACGUGCAAUCCGGCACUUCCACUUCCACGGCUGGCCCGAAGUGGGCAUCCCGGCCGAGGGGCGGGGCAUGAUCGACAUCAUCGCCGCCGUGCAGCGGCAGCAGCAGCAGUCGGGGAACCAUCCCAUCGUGGUGCAUUGCAGCGCCGGCGCGGGGCGGACCGGUACGUUCAUUGCACUGAGCAACAUCUUGGAGCGCGUCAAGGCAGAAGGCCUUUUGGACGUUUUCCAGACUGUCAAGAGUUUACGCAUGCAGAGGCCGCAUAUGGUCCAGACGGUGGAGCAAUACGACUUCUGCUACAAGGUGGUACAAGAUUUUGUGGACAUUUUCUCCGACUAUGCCAACUUCAAAUGA